UCAUUAAGGUCCAAAGACGUGGCCUCGGAUCAAUGUCUCUGACUCAGUCUAUUUUGACAUUUGACAGCCACAGAGACACGUUAAGACGUCCCUGAAGGCCGACUUGGCAUUGCAGCAUGCUGAUGCAGUAACCACAGUUUCCUCUGUCUCAACGGAAGACUGUAGCAGGUGCAUGCAAAAAAGCAGCAACAAGAACAUGAUCCUCUACGUGACAAUUAAAACUGCAAUGGGAGCUGUUCACUGAAGUCGUGCUGGGGGAACCGAAGACUGUGAGGGACACAACGGCAAGAGAUCAAGGAGAGGAGCAGACAGAGAAUCAUCAGGAGAACCGCUGAAAUACCAAAGUUUUUAAUGCAGGAUUUGUCUCCGUGCAAAAAACUAAUGAGACAGCUGUGAUUGUGGCACUUUUCACAGUUUUCACAGUUGCUGCAUUUAGACAAACUGCUUCCAGAUUGCAGUCUAACAGACAGUUGCUUGGAAUCGCUUAAAUAUCAAGUUCACUCUUCCGCUCUCUUUUUGGGAUUUGGCACUUGACAGCAGGUCAUUAACUUUGUUUACUUUCAGACAAUGGACUUGUCCAUGCUCCCAAAUCCAGUGAGUGAGUACGACAAGCAGAGGACAGGAGCACGCUUCACUGUCCGCUCAGCAAACUCUCCCUCUUACAGUCUCACUCGCAGGCCAGGUGUUAGGAAACCCAGAGGUUGUUCAGAGGAGAAGGAGAGUGCUGACAAUGUCGGAGACAGAGAGGGGUACGGGAUGAAAACCGGCACAAAUGGUACACAUAAAGAGGAGGAUCGCACAGCUACUGGUUAUCAAGCCAGGACUGGGUCGGUCAAAGGUCAGAGUGAGGAGUUGGAAACAUCAAAGCAUCAAAAGCUGAACCAGAAUGGCGCAGAAACUAUCACAGAGUUUGGCACUGACAGAAGUGGGAGCUUUAAACCUGCAUCUGAAAGCCGGGGCAGGACAGACUGGAGGAGAUACGAGCUGCCAAGUAGAACUCAGAGUUUGGAUAGGAGAGCAGGGACGUCCAGUCCUGAUCAGGGCAAAAUGGCUGACAUGCUGUCAACCAGACGAGGCUUGGAUGAAAGAAGGGCCGGGCUGAGUUGGAGGUUGCAGGCUUAUAACUUUGCAGGUACAAGUAAUGUUAGAGACCCAGUGAGUCAGAUGAGUCAGACUGUGGACAGGGCCAGUAGGGGUCAUUCUCUCCCCAUUAGGUUGAGGUCUCUGUCUGGACCUGGCUCAAGUGUCAUAGGGGCAGCUUCUUCGCUCGGGCCUCAAGGAGGUCAGAGUAUAAUGGAGCGGAUAGAGAAACUAUAUGGGUCAGCUGGACUUGGUAAAACGGAGGAUUUCAGCAAAAGUAGGGACUACUCUACCUUUAAGCAUGACAGGGCAUCAGGGGGAACCUUCCCCAGGCGUUUCUCAUCAGGAGAGAGAAGCAGCCUCAGCCCAGUGCAGAGCAGGUUAUCAUUCACCUGGACACAAAAAGAUACUUCAAGUUCUGAUGCUUUACUUUCUCCAGGGCCAAGCAGGACCAGGCAGAGAUUGUCAGCGGUGCAGUGGCAAGGACCGACCCAGGGCAGGUUUUCAGAGGAAGGGGGAGAUAACUGGGGUACAAGAUCUCUGGAUAGAGUGAGGAGCAGGUACUCAGUGGCAGCUCAGAUAAGGUCUGCAAGGGCUGCAGCAGGAAAUACUUCACCUCUGCUUUCAAACACUUUCUCAGGAGCAGAGAGAUCAGCUUCUUUGAGAGAUCUGUCGGUACUGAGAGAGAGAAGAGCGAGUGGAAGUAAGAAUCAGGGUGAGGUGAAGGGCGAGACUAAUGGAACAAAUGAGACAUUGAGAGAAAGAACUGUGUGGCUUGAGGAGCAGGAAAAUGACACAGAUGAUGGAUCAAAAGAGAAAACGGAGUUGAAGUGUAGCAGCACAGAUGAAGAUGUGUUUGAGUCUAACCCACAGAAAAUCACAGUGAAAACAACAGAGAGGAAGAAAGUCCCGGAGAGGUUGUCGUCCUCCUCUGCAGUCAGCGUGAGGAAUAAGAUCAAUCAGUUUGAGGCUCUCUCACAAAGAACCCAGGGUUUGGCUACAGGACAGGCCCUGAUGCCCAGACGGGCCUUUUCUGUGCCAACACAACUCAGCAGGGCUCAUGAUGGAGUGAAAAAGAGCGGGUCAGCAAAGGCGAUAGGUGGGUCGAGAUACAAGGGAUUGAAAGAGGGAGAGGAGGCAGGUUAUGAAAUGGAGGAGAAGGCAACAGGAGCAGGGAAGAAACUCGGGUCAAACAGGUCUUUAUCAGUGGAUGAGGUUGGGCUGAGAUUAGGGCAGAGGGAGAGAGAAGGGGAUGAUUUGGAUGACAAUGAAGGAGAAGAUAGUGGUGACAAUCAUGGCAAAGAUUUAGGCGAAUAUUCUAGAUUCAAGAGCACACUAGAAAUCCCGCUAAACGGGGGAGCUGAAAAACAAAAUGGAAGCUUUUACAUAGACGAGACGGAUUUCCAUAAAAUCUCCAGCCCUGAGGAGGAAAACAAGAGACCACCAUCGUCUCUGCUGUCCGACGACAGUGGCACUUCUGCUGUUGUGCAGAAAACAACACCUCCUACUUCACCUGUUAGUGAUGAAGACAGGACUCCAACAAACUCUCCAAAGAGCUCACCUUUUCUUUCACCUAUCACACACCUGGGAAGCUCCACUCCCUUUGCAGACAGUGGAAAUAAAAGUUCUUCAAUCCUCGCAGAAGGGGCCAAAACUCCCAAACAAGACUCCCCACCUCUCCCUCAUCCCCUCGCCUCCUCGUCCAACAGCAACCUCCCCGAUCUCAUCUCUCCAGAUGUCAGAUCAGCCCAUCCAAAUGGGAAGAAGCAAGUGUUGGAUCUGGAGGCUUGGGUAGCUGGACUGAACCCAACGAUUAAGGUCUGGAAUGACGAUGAAGAUGAUUAUGAGGAUGAUGAUGAAAGUACACAGAGGGAUGAGGAUUCAAACUAUGAUUCAGACUCCGGAGAGUCUUCGGUGACCAUCACGAGUCACAUGAGCCAGUCAGAUCACAAGAGCUUCUGUGUCAGUCUUUCGGACCUGUGUAACUUUGCUGGAGUUGACUACGAGUCGGACAAUGACAGCGAUGAGUGGCAAUCUACAAACCAUCGGACUGCCUCUCUGAGCUCAGACAUGUCAGCCCUGUCCAUUGUGUCUGUGAUGCCCAGUGAGGAGCUGGACAGGCUGCUGGAGGACGUGAGGAUGAGAAAUGCCCUGGUGCGAGAAUGCAUGGCUGAAAUCUUGGGAACUUUUGUCUUGCUGCUCUUUGGCUGCUCUGCUGCAGCGCAGGUGAAGACGAGCAGAGACACUAAAGGCCAGUUCCUGUCUGUCAACAUGGCCUUCUCUGUGGGCGUGAUGUCAGCCAUGUACCUCACCAAGGGCAUCACAGGUGCUCAUCUGAACCCGGCGGUGACUCUGAGUUUCUGUGUGUUGGGUCAGGUGCCCUGGGGACGCCUGGUGCCCUACUGCCUCUCCCAGCUGCUGGGGGCCUAUCUGGCAUCAGGGCUCGUCUACCUGGUCUACUAUGAUGCCAUCAUGAACUUCAGUGGAGGAGUUUUGACUGUAUAUGGUCCAAAUGAGACAGCAUCUAUAUUUGCCACAUAUCCCUCAGAGUACAUCACUUUGGGCAGAAGCUUCCUUGACCAGGUGGUGGGCACUGGCAUGCUGAUGCUGUGUAUUCUGUGUUUGGAUGAAAAGAGGAACACACCGGCUCCCUCUGAGCUGAUUCCUCCUAUAGUGGCAGUGAUCGUCCUGGGUAUCUCCAUGUCCAUGUCAGCUAACUGUGGUGCUGCAAUAAAUCCAGCUCGGGACCUGGGUCCACGCCUCUUCACACUCACUGCAGGCUGGGGCACUGAGGUCUUCACGUGCUACAACUACUGGUUCUGGGUGCCCCUGGUGGCCCCACUCAUCGGAGGUGUUAUAGGGACUUUCAUAUAUUUGAUCUUCAUCCACUGGCACCUGCCUGACCCAGACCCCCCUGAGAGCCUCCCCACUGUCUCCACCAUCAGUGAAAAGAUCAAGCAGCCCAUCACAACAUGGGACAGUGCAGUAGACUUAAAGGCUGCACGUUUCUAAGUGUUACUGUAAUGAAAAUGUGUGGUCACGAACAAUAAGCAUAUUUAAAGACAAUAAUCUGGUUGUCAAUCUUGUUUGAGAAAGCAAAUACCUGAUUUAAGCCACUGUUAAUGUAAUAGUUCAUCCACAAAAUGACCAUUUGUAUAAUAAUCACAUACCUCUUUAGAAAAAAAAACCUUUCAUGUGAACAAAGAAUCAAAAAACAAAGAAAAUCCAGGAGACAGUUUAUGCAGAUUUUUUAAACGAUACACUGUAAAAAAAG